CCUGGAGCCUAACGACCUGUUCCAUCAGAUUCUGUCUCUAACUAAAGAAACAUGGAGAGCAAUAGUCCCACUGUGGGAACCUUCCAGGUCGGGGACUAUGUGGUGUUUGCGCUUCUGUUUGUGGUCUCCUCAAGUAUUGGGGUCUUCUUCGCCAUCAGAGAGAGGAACAAACCUUCAUCUAAAGAUUUUAUGGUUGGGGGCCGUCAGAUGACUUGCGGGCCGGUGGCGCUUUCCCUCACCGCCAGCUUCAUGUCUGCAGUGACGGUGAUUGGGACCCCAUCAGAUGUGUACAGAUUCGGGGCCUCUUAUAUCAUCUUUGGUGUCGCCUACACAUUUGUGGUGUUUUUCACCGCAGAGCUUUUCCUGCCUGUGUUCUACAGGUCAGGCAUCACCAGUACAUACGAGUAUUUGGAAUUGCGGUUUGGUAAGCUUGUUCGGGUUUCAGCCACUAUAAUUUAUAUAAUUCAAACGAUUCUGUACACUGGAGUGGUAGUGUAUGCCCCUGCUUUAGCUCUGAAUCAAGUGACAGGAUUUAAUCUUUGGGGAUCCAUAUUUGCCACUGGCAUUGUCUGCACUUUUUACUGCACAUUGGGUGGAUUGAAGGCUGUGGUCUGGACAGAUGCCUUCCAGAUGCUGGUGAUGGUGGCCGGGUUCCUCACUGUUCUGAUCCAGGGAGCGAAUAGAGCGGGGGGGAUUGAGACUGUUUGGAAAACAGCUCAUGAAGGAGGCAGAAUGGAAGUCUUUGAGUUGAAAUAUUUUUCCAGCUUUGACGUCAAUCCUCUAAGGCGGCACACGUUCUGGACCCUCACUGUAGGGGGCACCUUCACAUGGUUGGGUAUCUAUGGGGUAAAUCAGUCAACGAUCCAGAGAUGCAUCUCUUGUAAAACAGAAAGUCAUGCACGCUGGGCUCUGUAUCUGAAUCUGCUGGGUUUGUGGAUAAUUUUGUUCUGUGCUGUGACAUCUGGUCUAAUGAUGUACACUUUCUACUCCCAAUGUGACCCCUGGUCAAGUGGAUUGGUCUCUGCACCAGACCAGCUCAUGCCAUAUUUUGUGAUGGAAAUUCUUGGGGCAUUUCCAGGACUGCCUGGGUUAUUUGUCGCAUGUGCAUUCAGUGGAACUCUGAGCACAGUAGCUGCCAGUAUCAAUGCGUUGGCCACGGUAAUGUAUGAGGACUUUGUGAGCCAGUGUUUUGGAGAUCUGUCCAACCGAGCAGCCAACUGGAUCAGUAAAGCACUGUGUGUGGUGUUUGGUGUGGCUUGCACUACUAUGGCCGUGGGUGCUUCAUAUAUGGGAGGAAUUGUGCAGGCGGCCCUCAGUAUCCAUGGCAUGUGUGGAGGCCCAAUGCUGGGCCUGUUUUCUCUUGGAAUCCUGUUUCCUGUCACUAACCUAAAGGGGGCAUUUGGAGGAUUGAUUGUGGGCAUCAGUCUCUCAUUCUGGGUUGGUGUGGGAGCGUUCAUUUAUCCCGCAUCCAGCAAUAACACACAUCCUCUUGAACUCAACACUGCAGGCUGCAACUACAGCAUCUCAGCCGAUGGAUCCAACCAAACAUUACUCACCUCUGACAGACAUUGGCUGGCUGAUUCAUGGUACUCCAUGUCCUAUCUAUACUAUAGUGCAGUGGGCUUUAUUGGCACUAUAGCAGCAGGCCUUCUUAUCACACUGCUGACAGGACCAAUGGACCCCAAAAAGUUGAAGCCAGGAAUGACUCGAUCACUGAAGGACGUGGUCUGCUUCUGCUCCGAGAGAUUCAUACACGCAGAUUUUAGUGAAGACAAAGAGGAUUUGGGAGAAUUUGGCAAGGCAUGGGAGAAACAUCCAGACCAGGAAGGUGUCAUAAAAAUGGAGAUGGUCAAGAGCAGUAAUGAUAACCUGCAGGAGAAUGCUUAUACUAAUGCUACCUUUGACCAUAAUGAAACUAAUCAAGUUCAAGUAAAGCUGUAACUUUUUGAGUUCAGUAUCAUAAAUGUAAAUAGUGGUCAAUGAAGUCAAAGAAUACAUCAGUUAUUUAAUUUAAAAGAUACAAUCAAUAUUUUAUUACAGAAAAGUGUGAUCCAAAUCUAUGUUACAUACAUGUUUUGUACAAAUCCUGUAUGCAUACUGUUAUUCGCGUUACACGUAAACAAUGACAUCAUAAACAAA